UAUACUGCACGCAGUGUGCUCCCAUUCCUUUAUCAUAUCAAAACGUGGAGUGAAAAGUCGCACUCUCUCGUUUUGAUCGAGCGUUGCCAGUUGAGCGGGGAGGUUUCUUCUGUGAGCACUGAAUAAAGUCAACCAAGAUGCCUUUGGUCCGUUGUCUGGAUUUGACACCUACUGGGCCAGCCAUUAAUGUCAUACUGUUUAAGGAGUUUCUGCAAGUCCGGCCAGAUUUCUUCACCGUGGUCAAUGGGCCGACACAUCAAUACUUCAGCCAUGACCCCCGUCGCGUCAUGAAUUGUGACCAGUCCCAAGAUAGGGCUGCACUGUUCCCGGAAUCCAUGGGAAGUAUCCUGAAGGUGUCCACUGAAGGUGAACUGGAGAACCUAACUCAGAAAUUUCUCCAGCUGCCUCUCUUCUUCACGGUAGAUCUGAAGCGACUGCACAAGUCAGGCAACACUAGGUACAUAGACAGAGGUGAGGCUGUUGUUAUUGUGAACUCCCAGCAUCCCUACUUCCAAGAUCAUUACAAAGGACUGCUAACUGAAGCCAUGGAGCUGAUGAGAGAGGGCAAGAGAUUUGCAGUAGAGCUGGACUUCAAUGGGGUCCUUGAGGAUUGGCUGCGGGACUUCUAUGCCCAAAUGGGUCGGGAGGGUUCCUUCAACACUGUCUACCGCUGCAAGCUGGGCCGAGUGGUGAUCACCAAUCAUGGCCAGUACUCCCAGAUGUUCUCCUGCAACAACUGCCCGGAGGUGGUGUACUGGUGGACUUUCUGUUUUCCUUGCUGCUUGCUGGCUUGCCCAAUCUAUGUGCUUCAACGCAAGCUUCGUGUGACAGACCUAGGGGGACGGAUCCGAGGUGUGCAAGCCACCACCUUCACCUCAUGCCUCAGCAGGAGGGAGAUGGAGGGAGCCUUCACGGCAGCUGCCACUCUGCUGCUGCAGCAGCACCUGAAUCAACAAGGGACAGUUACUCAACCCCCGCCGCCUAGCCAUCCUCCCUCCUAUGCCACCAGCCAACAAGUCCAGCGUGGGCAGCAAGGACCCUAUGAGUUGCCAACACCAAUCGUCUACGGCAACCCAGCACCACCAGAUGUCUAGAUGUCUGCUUCAGCCCUACCCAGUGACCUGUUCCGAUUGGACUUGUCCAACUCAGGAUUGAGUACCACACCAUCAGAACGAGGUUUUCCCGCCUACAGGAGGCAACAUUCUGUCUGUACUUGUAGGGAUCUUUUCAAAAUAUACACAAGUUGGAUUGUGAAACAACGUAAAAUAAAUUGUCACUUAGCCAUUUAAAAACAGCAGCCGCUUGCAGCAUGUAUUUUUUUACUUACAUUUUUUUAUUUUAAUACCAGCAUGUUAUCAAAGUAGCACAUCAAGCAGAUAAUAAUUACUCUAGGUACCUUUCCAUGGGGGAGGAUGUGUUUUUGUUUGCUUAGGGGCAGUGUAGUUUUGUAUUUUAUCUUUUUUUUUUUUUGAAGGGAAGAGGAGAUUUUUUUUAAGUCCAGCCAGUAAAACAUUGGUCAUUUUGGUAUUCACUUCUGACAUUUGGCGGCAUUUUGUCAUUAAUCCAGUGGCUUUACAUAUUAUCUCUUCCAAAAUGUUGGAAACUGCUUUGCAGGCAAAAUUCAUUUGGUUAUGUUUGUUGGCCAAUUCUCUCAAAUCCUGAUUCAAACGAUAAACAUUCUUCUCAUGCUACAUAAAUUAUAUUCAUGAUGAUUUAUAAGGAACAGAACUCAUGCAUGACCUACCUGUACAUAAGUCAAAUACAAAGCCUCCAGGUAGCCUUGUAAAUACAUGUAUAUUUCUGUAUGCUUUGAUAGUUAAUUUGAGUUUCCAACCAAAAGUCUGUUAUGUGUCCAGGUUUUUAGAGUCAGAGAUCACCAUAUUUGUCUAAUUCUCAGUAUGAAAUACUUCCUCCCCUCUCCUUUCUUCUCUUAAGGGGGAAGGGAAGGAAUUGUGCAUACCAGUUCUAAAAUGGGGUAAUCUUUGAGAAGCAUGUUGUAUAGAGGGCUUUUUGCAUUUCUGCCCAUCAGCAAUUUUCAAGCAAAACACAGCACUGUGUGCUGCAAACAGAGGUUGCCUUGGAGAGGCCAAUUUCGAAGUUCAAGUGACAAAAACAGUGUCAAUAUGUGGAUAUUCAUGAGCUUUAUGAGUUUCAAACCACAGGAGUAGCACCGUGCCACCUCACAAAAAAAACAUCUUUACAAUCAGUAUUAAUACUCAAAAGUCCAAGCAAACAGUGGGAACAGUUCAAGUUCCUCACCUGUUGUGGGCAAAUUAAAUUUCCAAACCAUUUCCCAAGAUGCACUGCGAAAGACAGCCACUUCAUGUCAACCUCUUGAUAGCCCACUGCAUUGUUUAAUACCCAUAUCAUAAUUGGAGGUCAAAGAAAACUCAAAACUGUGGGUGGAAAUACAAGCUCUCUCACCCUAGUCCUGUGCAGUUAAUUCCAACAAACUGGAUAUUUUAUUAAAACGUUUAUAUAAGGGAGAUAUAUUUUUCCUUAGAAAUUUGGGAUAUGCAUAGGCAUUACUUAAUUAACUCUCUCAAAUCAUGUACAGUAAAGAGCACUUCUAAGGAAAACACGUUUUCUCUGAUGUUAUCUGUUCAAAUAAAUAUGGAAGCAUCCAAAUCGAA